UUUUACGUAACUGCACACUCAAUUUGUUCAAAGUAGAAAUGACCCCCAUUGGAUCGAAAUAGUUUUGGGCUCUCCAAUGGGCUGUUAUUGGCGUAAUUGUCGGUGUAAUGUAAUAAUGACAGCUUAAAUAAAGAUAUCUCCCUUUCUCCAUUUCUCUUUCUAAUUCUUGAUAGACUUAAAAGUCAAGACUCAUCACAUAACCAAGUAACCAACCACCACCUAUUCUCAAUCUCUCUAAGCUUUUAUACAACUUGUGUUAACUUAGAAAAUUUGAAGUGGAGUUGUUGAAGGAAAAUGGAGGCACAGUUUGUAGAAAGAUACCAUAGUCAUCAGCCUAGUGACCAUCAAAGUAGUUCAUCUCUUGUUAAGCACAUCAAAGCACCUGUUGAUAUUGUUUGGUCACUCGUAAGGAGAUUCGAUCAGCCUCAGAAGUAUAAGCCAUUUAUUAGCAGGUGUACUGUGAAGGGUGAUCUUACAAUUGGUAGUGUUAGAGAGGUGAAUGUCAAGUCUGGUCUUCCAGCCACCACUAGCACCGAAAGAUUGGAACUUCUUGAUGAUGAGGAGCAUAUCCUUGGCAUCAGAAUCGUUGGUGGCGAUCACAGGCUUAAGAACUAUUCUUCGGUUAUUACAGUCCAUCCCGAGACACUUGAUGGUAGACCGGGGACACUGGUGAUUGAGUCAUUUAUGGUGGAUGUGCCUGAAGGGAACACUCAAGAGGAGACUUGCUACUUUGUGAAGGCCUUAAUCAAUUGCAAUCUGAAAUCACUAGCUGAUGUAUCUGAGAGAAUGGCUAUGCAGGGAGGUGUUGUACCCACCAGUGUGAACUGGUCUUCUAGUAACCAGAUCGAGACAUGAAAUCUCUUGGGCAAGAAGCUAGACUUCAGCUUCUUUGAAUUUGCUUCUGCUUGUAAUCUGUCUCGACUUUAUGCAUUAACAGGGCGUGUAUCCUGUUAUAGGGCAAGUUUUAUUUAUGGAGGUUUUGUUUUCCUUUACUACCUUUGCGGUUCUCAUGGUGGUUUUGAGGGUCUUAAUAUUCUGUAAAUACUUCUGUAGGAAAGUGCUGGUCGGCGACUUGUUUUUGAGCUGGUAGAUGCAACUUUUAGCUUGCGAAAAUUAUGGGCAGAAUGUUUGUAUUGCACCUUGUUUCCAGAGCUUUGUAUAUAUAAGUUGGGAGAACUCUUGCCUCGACUGGAGUGCAGUAGAGUGGUUUUCCUUUAUUAUGGUCUAAUGUUUGUUUUGAGCUUGCUGUAUCAUGCUUGUGAUAGAAACUAAGAACGUAAACAUAGUUCUUCAUGCAAUUCCAGAUAGUUCGACCAA